ACAUGGAGCCGCUCCCAGGCCGGGGCCUGCACCACCUGGCAGGCCAAGGUCACUCGGCUGUCCUGCCUCACCUGCAGCACCUUGGGUGCCUGCUGCACACUCAGGCCGGUGGCUCCUUGCAGGGCUGGGGGACAGAAGAGAAAGAAGAGGGUCAGUGUUCUUCACAGAAAUGUUCCUGUCAACCACAGGGAAGUCCCUCUGGUGGCGCUCUGCCCACACCUCCCAAACAUCAUUAGCAAUAUUGCCUGGUGAGACCCAUGCUCUGGGGGUCCCGGGUCUCGGAGACCCCAGCGCAAAAGGACUACAUUUCCCAGCCUGCCACGACGGGCGCGCCUGCGCGCAGCGGCCAGUGAUGGAGCGCUGACUGGGGGCGCGGCAGCGGCGGCGAGGGCUCGGCGGGCCAUUGGCUCCCGGCAGUGGCAAAGGCAGCCUGGGGACUAGAAGGGCGAGUAGGACCCGCGGGCCUGGCAGGAGAAGACCUGGGUUGCAGCCAUGGAGCACCAGAAGGAGGCUCUGCGGAAGAUCAUCACGACGCUGGCUGUGAAGAAUGAAGAGAUUCAGAGUUUCAUUUACUCCCUCAAGCAGAUGCUGCUGAAUGUGGAGGCAAACUCGGCCAAGGUGCAGGAGGACCUGGAAGCGGAGUUCCAGUCCCUCUUUUCCCUCCUGGAGGAGCUGAAGGAGGGCAUGCUUAUGAAAAUAAAGCAGGACCGUGCCAGCCGCACCUAUGAGCUGCAGAACCAGCUGGCUGCCUGCACACGAGCCCUGGAGAGCUCCGAGGAGCUUCUGGAGACGGCCAACCAGACCUUGCAGGCCACAGACAGCGAAGACUUUCCUCAGGCUGCCAAGCAAAUCAAAGAUGGUGUGACAAUGGCCCCUGCCUUCCGGCUGUCACUGAAAGCCAAGGUCAGCGACAACAUGAGUCACCUCAUGGUGGACUUUGCACAGGAGCGGAGGAUGCUGCAGGCACUCACGUUCCUGCCUGUGCCUAGCGCCCCCGUGAUCGACCUGGCCGAGUCCCUGGUAGCCGACAACUGUGUAACCCUGGUGUGGCGCAUGCCGGAUGAGGACAACAAGAUUGACCACUAUGUGCUGGAGUAUCGGCGGACCAACUUUGACGGCCCGCCCCGCCUCAAGGAGGACCACCCCUGGAUGGUCAUCGAGGGCAUUCGGCAAAUGGAACACACCCUGACCGGUCUCAAGUUUGACAUGAAAUACAUGAAUUUCCGUGUGAAGGCCUGUAAUAAGGCAGUUUCAGGCGAGUUCUCCGAGCCAGUGACCCUGGAGACACCAGCGUUCAUGUUCCGCCUGGAUGCGUCCACAUCCCACCAGAACCUGCGGGUGGAUGAUCUCUCCGUGGAAUGGGACGCCAUGGGCGGGAAGGUGCAGGAUAUCAAAGCUCGCGAGAAAGAUGGCAAGGGGCGGACGGCGUCUCCCGUCAACUCCCCAGCCAGAGGUACUCCAUCUCCCAAGAGGAUGCCCUCGGGUCGUGGGGGACGGGAUCGCUUCACAGCUGAGUCCUACACGGUACUGGGGGACACGCUGAUUGAUGGCGGGGAGCAUUACUGGGAGGUGCGCUACGAGCCGGACAGCAAGGCGUUUGGCGUGGGGGUGGCCUACCGCAGCCUGGGCCGCUUCGAGCAGCUGGGCAAGACGGCCGCGUCCUGGUGCCUGUACGUCAACAACUGGCUGCAGGUCAGCUUCACUGCCAAGCACGGCAACAAGGCCAAGGUGCUGGACGCCCCCGUGCCCGACUGCCUGGGCGUGCACUGCGACUUCCACCAAGGCCUCCUGUCCUUCUACAACGCCCGCACCAAACAGCUGCUGCACACCUUCAAGGCCAAGUUCACACAGCCACUGCUGCCGGCUUUCACGGUGUGGUGUGGCAGCUUCCACGUGACGACAGGCCUGCAGGUCCCCAGCUCUGUGCACUGCCUGCAGAAGCGGGGCAGUGCCACCAGCAGCUCCAACACCAGCCUCACCUAGGCCCCCAGACCGCUCACCAGCUGGGCUGAUUUGUGGGGGGCUGCCUCCAGGCCUUGGCUGUUUCAGCCGGGCACCCUCCUCUCACUUGCUGCUUGGAGCCUUAACUCCUGAUGGAGGUCACCAAUGGGGAGCGGGCCCUGGGGUGGGCCCUUCUCCCCACCUCACCUCCUAAUAAAGGUCAAACACUG